UUCACCCUCCUUCACUUCUUCUCUGCUCUUCUUUCCUCCUCCUCAUCCCCAUUUUACCAUCAUCUUCAUCAACAACUCAACUCUAUGGUGUCCUUCGGGUCCUGAAUUCGACACACACACUCUCUAAGCUCUUUUUCUCUCUUACGACCAAGAUGUCGCCCCAAGUGAAAAGUGCCUAUGCCGGUGGCUGGAACGAGAAAACCAAGAGAAAGCUCGAGCAGGUCACCAUCCCAGACAAGGUCAAGUGCGUCAAUUGCAGGAAGAUCCGCAUGCAAAGCAUGUUUUCCAAGCGCCAGCUCGAGUACCUGCGUCACGGCAUUAUCGCCCAGGGUGCCCGUGCGGUCAACGGUACUGGUAUCGCCAAGUGUCGCACCUGCGUUGGGGGCCAGACUGUUGAGCUCAAGUGUUGCGUUUGUGAUAAGAUCAAGGGUCUAAAUGAGUUCGCGAGGGCUCAGCGUCAGUUUCAUGAUACCGCGAGAUGUCUGAACUGCGUCCAGUUCAUUGCCGACACCGAGAUUGUGGACGAACAGAAGCUGAUCCCGGAAAGCGAGUUGACCACGCAGGACACUACCUUUACUAGGUCCCAGUUCGACGACGAAUCCCUCUCCGCGACCACUAACCGCUUGAACCUCAAUAGCCCCUACACCCGCAGUGGCUUCUCAGUUCCCGAAGAAGACGAUGACUCCUCCAUCGGUGGCGGCGUCUGGGUGGAAUCGGAGUCCGGAAACGACGAGAACAGUUUCAGCAAGGGAAAGAGCCGCAUGUACACCGGUUUCGACGCUAGCAGUACCGCUCAUCGCCGUGCCACAAAUUCCCAGCCCAGUGGAUAUGGCUCCUUCUACGGCAAUGGAAACACUGAAUCCUAUGCAUCGAAGUAUCAGAGUGCCGCGGCCCAGGUUCCCAACGUCAGGACCGGCAAUACCCUACCCCGUGCCCCGCUUCCGAAGAAGAAGGCUUCCAACUUUGCCAAAGUGCCAGGCCGCCGCGUGCCAGCAAACGAAGCCCCCUCCAUGCGUGUCCCCGAGUCCACAGCUGAAGCUCACCAUUCAGAUGACGAUGAUAAUGACGACAGUAUCGAGAGAUUUCUGUAG